AUGAAAAUUGCGUUCAAGAGAGAUCCAGCGCCCGACGAUGAAAAGCAUCGUGUCUUCGGUGAAUUGCUAACUGAACCAGAUCAGAACUGUUCUGGGGUUUGGGAUGACAGUUUCUCGCCAAUACUACACGGCGAAGAAAAGGUCAAAGGAGUCACCAUUGGACUACCUGUACAACUCAAUGUGAUCAGACUCAGGGAGAAUAUCGAGAUCAAGGACGGACCGCCCAAGAUGCAUAAAGAACAUGUUGAGCACUACAUCGAGACUUUGGGCGACCCGGAAAUGGCAGAUCAGCUCACAAUAUUACACCUGGCGGAUGCGAACGUAUUGGAAGACGUGCUGAGAGCCAAGAAGAGGACGAAAGCGCGGCGAUUCAAAAUACUCUUUGAAUCAAGCAAGUUUCUCCAAAAGGCACUAGUACCCCGGACCGACCAAGAGGGGGUAACCCGCCGGUUGAUACAUGAGGUUCGGGCGACCUUGAAAAAGUCUAGUUCCAAAGAUUUAAGCUUGGACAACUCAGGUGACUUGAGACGAAUUCACCUGAUGGCAAGAGGAGGGCAUUGA